UUAAACCAAAAUCCAGCCUCCACAUACUCGAUACAAAAAGGCCAGAAGCUCCUUCUGGCAUUGGCCAUUGGAAGCAGCGGCCAUUAGCAGGCCACCGCCGCCAGCCAAGCGCUGUCACCCCCCACACGCGAAGACGUAUCUGAUGAAUCAAUUCCCAGGUGAGGGAGCUAUGCAUCGCCAAAAUCGAGCCAUUGGAGGUGCUGGAGUAGGGAUAGGGGAGAGAGAGGGAAGUGCAGGUGGAAAGAGUUGGGCUUGGAAGAUGUUUAGUUGGUUAGUCUUAUCUAUCUUCGUUUAUAUAUUUUUUUUGUUGUUGAGUGGCGACUUUGCUGAUCAUAGCAAAUUCCAUACUAGAAAGUCUGUUAGGGCACUAUACCUAAUGUCUCAAACAAUGACCGGUGUGGGGUACGGUGACAUCGUCCCCAAAACUGAGCGGUCAAAGGUGUUAGUAUCCUUUCUGAUUUUCUUCGUCCGUUGGAUUUGGUGCUACUCAGGAGGUGUUUUUUUUGCUUUUAUCGGUGAGGGUUUCCUCAGACGAUAUAGGAAGGUAGUAAACUUUUUUAGUGUGAGUGAGGACCGUUUUAGGGUAGUGAUGGCAGUAGCGGCACCUGCUCUGUGUGUGGGAGUAGGCUGUAUUGGGUUUCACUUCUUGGGGAAGAAGAGCUGGGAGAAUGCUAUGUAUUUGUCGGUUGUUUCUGUAACCACUGUAGGCUAUGGUGAAGUUACGGUGGAGACGGCAGGCGCUAGGGUUUUUGCAAGCAUUUGGAUGUGCCUUUCCACAGUUAUUUUUCUUAAAUGUCAGACGUACCUAGUUGUUAGAAUUAUGAGCGGGUUUAGAAGAAAUUGAGUAGUGAUUUGUUAGGGAAGCAUGGGGUGUCAUGUUAUAUCGAGUCUUUCUUAUGUACAGAAAAUUCGAAACGCAUUCAGUUUUCAUUAUUGAUCACAAUUUUAGUAUUGUUUACUUCUUUAAGAACAACUUGCUUUCA